AUGAGUUUAAAACCCUUCACCUACCCAUUUCCAGAGACGAGGUUUCUUCAUGCAGGACCCAGUGUGUAUAAAUUCAAAAUCAGAUAUGGCCACAGUAUCAGAGGAGAAGAGAUAGCAAAUAAGGAAGUCAUUAUCCAGGAACUAGAGGAUUCUAUCCGUGCAGUCUUGGGAAACUUGGACAAUCUGCAACCAUUUGUCACUGAACACUUCAUUGUAUUUCCCUAUAAAAGCAAAUGGGAAAGAGUUUCUCAUCUGAAAUUCAAACAUGAAGACAUCGUCUUGAUCCCGUACCCAUUUGUGUUUACUCUAUAUGUGGAGAUGAAAUGGUUUCAGGAAAGCUUGUCACCUGGGAAACCAAUAGAUGACAGUUCUCUUGGGUUGGUUGUAGCUGAGAGGAAUGCAGCAGGAGGUGCAAUGAAGAAACGGAAACUGGAAGAGCACAGCACCCCCGGGGGAACAGGACUGCCCAGGGCCAAGAUGGGGUCUUCCAGCCAAAGACUGAGUAGGAAGAAGCCACCUAUGGAAACCAGGAGGAACAGAAAAAGAAAACCCCAGCAAGAGAAGUGGAAGACUGUAGCCUCUGAUACCACUGAUGACCAGAAACAGGAUUCUAAAUGGGGACACAACCUGCCAGGGGCAAUUGUUCCACCAUUGCAGCAGAACAACUCUCCUCCUUCUAAAGAUCUGGGAAUCCAAGGUUUCUUUGGGUUGCUAAGAACAGCCAGUGAGCAGCCCAGAAGCAGUGACAGCUACGGAGAGAGGAUCUUCUCUUGCAGCAACUCUUCCCCGGCCACCACUCCUCCAGCUCCAUCCUUUUCUUAUGACCCCUCUGUCAUGGAGAUGCCAAUGGCACCCCCUGGAGCCAGGUUCCUCUGCUUGCUGGUCCUGGCAGUCUCUGAAGGUGGGAGUCGGGAGGUAGCUGUCCCAGGCUGUCACUUGCAUCCCUUUAAUGUGACAGUACGAAGUGACCGCCAAGGAACCUGCCAUGGUUCCCAUGCAGCACAGGCCUGUGUGGGUCACUGUGAGUCCAGUGCAUUCCCCUCCCGGUACUCUGUGCUGGUGGCCAGUGGCUAUCGGCACAAUAUCACCUCCAUCUCUCAGUGCUGUACCAUCCAUGGACUGCAGAAGGUGAAGGUGCAGCUGCAGUGUGCGGGGAACCGGAGCAGGGAGCUUGAGAUCUUCACAGCCAGGGCCUGCCAGUGUGACAUGUGUCGCCUCUCACGCUUCUAGCCACUAGUUCUAGUCCUGCUGUCCACUUGCUGUGGGAUUGUUUAAAUGAGGAGCUACUUCACAAUGACCACCUCCUGAGAAGAGGGGUUUCUGCCUCUUCCUCAUCUCUGCCUGACCCUCCUAUGCAGUCUCUUGUCCCUUCCCCUCCUUUUGUCCUUGCCCCUAAAUAA